GGCGGGACUACAGGGGCGGCGCGGGCUGCGGGUCUGCGGGUGCUGGUCUCUGCCUUGCUCCCGCCCUCUGCCUGCCUGCCAGAGUCCGGUGCUAAACCCACGGUCUCUCCGUGCCCGACCGGAGCCGCCGGCGACGGUGAAUGGGGUCCGGGUGGUGGGCAUCUCGGCGCUGCUAGAAGUACUUGGCCCUGCUGAGGAGCCUCGACUCCCAGAAAACUUUACUCGAAAUGGGAGAAGGUGGAUGCCGGUUCAUCAAUGCGCAAAGGACCGCAACUGUUCUUAGGGCCUGUUUCUUCUGUUGUCGGGAGUUGGCUUGGAGGUGCAUCAUUGGCCAGUUCUCACUUUUAUACAUUCCUAAACGACCUGGAAUGGCCAAAUUUCAAGGUGAAGUUCAGAGUUUGAAACUGGAUGAAGAUUCAGUUAUAGAAGGAGUAAGUGACCAAGUGCUUGUGGCUGUUGUGGUCAGUUUCACUUUGAUUGCUACCCUGGUAUAUGCACUUUUCAGAAAUGUACAUCAGAACAUUCACCCAGAAAAUCAAGAGCUAGUAAGGGUACUUCGAGAACAACUUCAAACAGAACAGGGUGUACCUACUACUGCUCGACAGCAGUUCUACACUGAAAUGUACUGUCCAAUCUGCUUACAUCAAGCCUCUUUCCCUGUGGAAACGAACUGUGGACAUCUUUUCUGUGGUACCUGUAUUACUGCAUAUUGGAGAUAUGGUUCAUGGCUUGGAGCAAUCAGUUGUCCAAUCUGUAGACAAACGGUUACUCUCCUCCUCACAGUAUUUGGUGAAGAUGAUCAGUCUCAGGAUGUUGUAAGAUUGCAUCAAGAUAUUAAUGAUUAUAACCGGAGAUUCUCAGGGCAGCCCAGAUCUAUUAUGGAAAGAAUCAUGGAUCUUCCCACUUUACUGAGACAUGCAUUCAGAGAAAUGUUUUCAGUUGGAGGUCUUUUCUGGAUGUUCCGCAUUAGGAUAAUACUUUGUUUAAUGGGAGCUUUUUUCUACCUUAUAUCACCUUUAGACUUUGUACCUGAAGCCUUGUUUGGAAUUCUAGGCUUUUUAGAUGAUUUCUUUGUCAUUUUUUUGUUGCUUAUCUAUAUUUCUAUUAUGUAUCGAGAAGUAAUAACACAAAGGCUAGCCAGAUGAAAAAGUUUACUAGAAUAACUGAAACUAAUAUGUAAAAUCAAGCAAAAGGAUUCAUAGCAGUAGAAAUCAUCUAAAUACUACCUUAUAAGCUUAAAAUAUUGUAUAUAAACAUUUGACAGAUGCUUAGCAAAAUAUAACUGGAAAUUUUACACUUUCAAGUUCUAAUGUUAAGAUCAGAAUUAUAAUAAUCUACAAUUGUAUCUCAAUUCCAUAAUGUGUAUAAAGUCCCUAGGAAAAAAAGGAAUUGUAUAAGAAGGGAAACUUUGAUGUACUCUUCUCCCCCAAAUUACUGAAGAUGAUACAUUUUAUGAUAGUUAAUGUAUAGUCCAUCCAAGUCAUCCUCAGCAUACCUAUACAAUAAUAUAUUGUUUUGCAACUCAUCUAAAUAUUUUGUUACAAUAAAAUACUGUACAAUUUG